UUUAAGUUGUAUAUUUUGCUAGCUAAAACAACAAAAUUCUUGUGAAAUACUAUAAUUUAGUAUUUCAUAAUAUAAAUAAAAAAGAAGGAAAUUGAAACAAAAAAGACUUUUAACAAAGACAAAAUUUAAGACAGUUUUUACAAAACAAUGGAAGGUAAUGUAAACGAAGAAAAUUCCCAAGAAAAUGACAAGGGGUCUUCUAAAACGAAACAAAACAAUGAAAACAACAAAAAUACGAAUGGAAAGGCUGAAAUAUUAGUGGAGCGGACGCAAAACAAAACAAUGAAUCUGCCGUCAGCAAGUAGUAAUAAAGCAGAGACAACCAACGAUUCGUUAUUAAAAUUAACGCAGCGCACAAAUAAAAUUUUUAAUAAAUUGGCAGCGAAACGUCAGCAAUUGCAGCAGCAAAAUAAUAAAUUGAAAAGCGAUAAAGAUGCCUUGAAAGAAAAUGAUUUAAAGGUAUUGAAAACCUUACAAACUAUGGGUAAGAAGCCUUUAUUUAUAAGAGAUAAACUCUCAGAAAGACAAUUGCCAAAUGGUGCUAUAGCCAAUGAUGUUAUACCAAAUGGUGAUGCAGUCAAGCCACUUAAACACUACACGAAAAAGCAGUUGGAAAAUCUUGUAGAGGGUCUGCAGGAAUUGGUCUGUAAACUAACUUUAAAUAAUAGAAUGCUUAGGACCAAAGCUCAGCAUUUGACCCGUUUUAUAAGUGGCCUUGAAAAUUUUCCUUUAUUUGAUCAAUCUAUGGAGAAUGUUGAGAGACAGAGAUAUGAUUCCGAUUAUAUGCCAGAAAAGAAACAAACCUUAAGAAAAGAUUCAGAAAAGACAAAAGCAAAAGAAAAAAAUGAGCAUAAAAAUAAAGAUAAGAAAAAACAAACCCCUGCAGAGAUAUUUGCUAAAUAUAUCAAUUCCUCGCUGGCACAGUAUUUGGGCAAGGAGAAACCUGAUCUACUAGAAAAGUUCAAAUGUUCAACUGCUCACAUAGAAGAUUUGGAAACUUAUGCUACGUCUCUAGUAGAGGCUGGUUUUGGUCGUAUAGUCGAGUCGGAAAUACGUAUCAAUCGUAAAAACAAUCGUCAAUCAUUUAUUACCAUGUCUACGGACAGAGAUUCUAGUGAGAAAGAUGGUAUGAUCUUAAUGCCAGUAGCCCGACGUUAUGCUUUUGAAGGUGAUAUUGUUAGGGCAUUUGUUUUUAAUCCCUCAACAGCUGCUAACAAUGGAACUAACACCGAUGAAAAAAAGAUGCGUAAAAUAUCGUCACAUAUUACAGGAGGUAAUAACUCAAUGUCUUUAGCCGAAGAUGAAGUAUUAUUUGAUGAUGACUCCUCGCCCGACACGGAUAUUGAAGAAAUAACCGAUGUCUUGGACACAAGCAUGGCUGUGAUAACGGAAAAUUGUCGCAAAGCAUUUGUCAUACAGAUUGUCAAGCAAACCGAGUUGCGUGAAAUUGUAGGCUCUAUAAGUUUCAUGAAUACCACCACAUUAAACUCAGAAACGUAUUACAAACUAAAGCCUCAUGAUAUGCGCGUGCCCAUGGUUUAUAUACCCAAAGAGUUGUGCCAAGAGGAGCUGAAAACUGUCAAUAAAGAAGAUAUCUGUGGCAUGCUGUAUGUGGCCCGAGUUUUAGAGACCGAUAUUAAUGGCCACUGCAUAGGUGAGUUAGUGCAGCCCGUGGGUAAGGUGGGUAAUUUACAGGCCGAAAUUAAAGCUAUUCUUUUGCACAAUGGCUUAAAGGAUAUACAGCCUUAUGAACAAAAAUUUCUCGAAAUGUAUGACGGUCCUAUGCCCACACCUAGCGAGGAAGAUUUAAAAAAUCGUGAAGAUCUCCGUAAGAAAUGUGUUUUUACCAUUGAUCCUCUAACAGCCAAAGAUUUAGAUGAUGCGGUAUCGGUGGAAAAACUAAAUGAUAAAGAAUAUGAAAUUGGAGUUCAUAUCUCAGAUGUGGCUUAUUAUUUGCAAGAAAAUUCCGAAUUGGAUAAUUUGGUUAAACAUCGUGCCACUUCUAUUUAUUUGGUAAAUGAAGUCAUACACAUGCUGCCACCCUCAUUGUGUUUCAGAUGCUCUCUACUGCCAGGCGAGGAUAAAUUUGCUUUUUCUGUAUUUUGGAAAUGGCAUACGGAAAAAGAGGAAUUCAGUGCACCACGUUUUACACGUUCUAUCAUAAAUUCUUGCUCUCAAUUUGCCUAUGAGCAUGCACAAAAGAUUAUUGACAAUCCCGAGGAAGAAUUCGAUAACGACGAUUUUCCCGAGUUGCUUAAUGAAUGGACACCGAAUGAUAUUAAAUGGCGUGUCUUACUACUGCAACAAAUUGCUCAGAAAUUAAAAGCUAAACGUUAUGAAAAUGGUGCUCUCUCCAUUAAUAAUCCUAAAUUACGUUUCCAAUUGGAUCCCAUAACUGGCGAACCUAUUGCCUACGAAAUAGAAGGACGUAAAGAGGCUAACUUUCUCAUCGAAGAAUUCAUGUUAUUGGCCAAUCAGUCUGUGGCAAAAUUUAUACAUGAUCGUUUUCCCGAUAUCUCAAUUUUGCGUAAUCAUUCGCCACCUUUACAGAAAUCAAUGAAAGCUCUUAAAGAGCGUUUAAAUAAUAUGGGUUUAGAAUUUGAUAUUAGUUCUUCGAAAUCGAUUUAUGAGAGUAUGCAGCGUUUAACUCAACAGGCCAGUGAUCCUAAAGCUGUGGAAGCUUGCCUAAGUACUUUGUUGACUAAACCAAUGGCCAGAGCUCGUUAUUAUUGCAGCGAAGGAAAAAGUUCGGAUGCUGAUUUUUGGCAUUAUGCUUUAUCGAUACCCAUUUAUACACAUUUUACCAGUCCAAUUCGUCGUUAUCCUGAUAUCCUUGUACAUAGACUACUUGCCGCUGCCCUUAAUUACUGCCCACCACCGCAAAGAACCACCGACGAAUUGCAUCACUUGGCUAAAAUAUGUAACGAUCAAAAAUUAAACGCCAAAAGUGCCGGUGAUGAAUCCAUAGAACUCUUCUUUACACGUUAUGUCAAGGCCAAACAAUCUCUCACGCUUAAAGCUGUAGUUACCGAAAUCUGUAAACAUAUGCUUAAUGUGGUAACAAUUGAAACCGGUCAUACAAUCGCUAUAACGUACAAUCUACAAAAAGUACUAGUAGAUACAUCAAAUGUGCCUAAUUCAAUUUCGAUCGCGGAGAAAAAUUCUCAAUUUCCACCCUUAAAAUUGCAAUUAUUUUCGACUAUUGAUAUUAAUUUGGUUUUGCGUAAUGAUAAAUUAUGCGGUUUUUUUGUUUCGCCCGAUAUCAAACGGCGACGUUUAAAUAGUAAAGAGUCAUCGAAAAGGGAAAAACAAACACGUAAUCGACACUUAAAUAAUUCCAUAUCCGAACAAGAAGAUGAUAAUACACCAACGACCUCUUCGAAGGCGAAGAGGAAAGCUAAAUAUUUAGAGUAUAAAAAGCAGGAGAAAACAAGGUUGUAUGCUGUAGCAAAUGAUAAAUAGUUGAAAACAAAUACAUAAUUUGUGAUUUUUUUAUUUUAUUUUUAAUAAACCAAAUUUUAUUUACCAUUAGAAGUGUGGUAGAAAAAUAAAA